AUGGAAUGGCUUAUAUACGCCUAUGCUUUCCUCUUCACCUCCCUCACCCAGGUCAAGGCAAUUGCACGGGCAAUCUUCAACAGAACAAUCCCUGCUAUCAUGUUUGAACCGGCUCAACCCAUCGUCGCGCAGACCAACUACGUCCAACCGUACAGGACGUUCACCCCACCUGUGAAGGAGAACAAGGACACAUACGGGAAGACGCUCACCCACUUUCAGUUCCCAUGGCCCAUCGAAAUCAACGGCAUCGAGCGCGUCGUCCUCUCCGCGAAGGGCGACCUCCAACGCGUACUGAGUGCCUACUUCGGUUCACCUAUCUCCGUCUCUCCUAUCUUUCAGACCCCCGCAUCCUCCAUCCCCGUAUCUUCCGAAGCGUCACCCUCCACGCCCAUAACACAGCACCGUGUCGUACACCUUCUCUGCGCCUCCAAGCUUGUUGUCGUCGCUACCUCUACAGUCCACCUCUAUACACCCCGCGCAGCCUCCCUCCUUCUAGACGAGAAGUAUGCUAUUGGCCAAUGCUACCGCGUCAUGGGCCAGAAUCCCGAGUUCGAGUUGGACAAGGUCUGGCUUGACAAUGCCGCUACGGGGGAAGAGCGCGUGACGCGCAGGUACCGCCUCAGCACCGAGGAGAUGAUGUGCGAGAUCGAGGAAGUGUUUGUCGACCGGAAGAUGUUUAGGGAAGAAAGCUGGCUGUAUGCUUGA